UCGAGGAUAUUACAAAUUAUCAAAAUGGGCGAAAGUGAAAGGCUCGUCGUACACAGGACCAGUAGAGCAAAUUCUAUGUAUAUAGAUAGAGUGCGAUUGCCUUCUAUUAAACCGCGAGGUUUAGAUUAUGACCCAAGAGACAACAGGGUACCAACAUCACCAAUCUCACCAUGGAUGGGAUACUUCAACCUGCUGCGGAGUGUGUUUGGCGCCGGUUUGUUGGGCAUGCCGAGUGCUUUAAGCAAUGCAGGCAUCAUACUCGGACCGUGGAUGUCAUUAUUCACUGGAUUUCUACUCAUUCACUCGCAAAAGAUGCUGUUAAAUUGUCUUACUGAGAUCUGCCGGCAGUUGAGGAUACCUCAUGUAUCGUAUCGAUAUGGGUUCCGACUUGCCGUUCUGCACGGUCCACCUAUAACACACGCCAUCGGAGAUUAUGGGCCGGCAAUCGUUGGUACAUAUGUGUUUUUGAAUCAGCUUGGCAUAUGUACGGUGUUUGUAUCGUUGACUUCGGAUAGCGUGCGAGAUAUAAUGGACUGGCAGAGCAAUAGACCAGCUCUAUUUGCGUUGCUGUUCCCUUACUUAUUAUUGGAAUUUUUCAUGAAGACUUUAAAGAUUGUCAGUUACGUUUCUCUGUUGGGUAAUAUGUUGAAUUUGGUUGGAUUGUCGUUAAUAGUGUCCCAAUGCUUAGCAAACCUCACCGGAGACCUGUUGUCGUAUAAAACGUCGCCUAUGGGUGUUAUGGUUGCUUUCGGCAUAUUUUUGUUCAAUAUGAGUGCGGUUGCUGUGAUAUUAGCUGUAGACCGAGCGCUAAAAGAGCCGAGACUGAUGUUGGCUAAAUACGGAAUAGUCAACGUUGGUAUCCUUAUACCCUGUUUGAUCUCCACAGCAUUUGGUAUUGUAGGAUACUGGUCCUUUGGAACUGGAGAAGAGAAUAUCCUCAGAUCCCUACCGCUGGACGAAAUCUCGUCAAUCGGCGCUAUCAGUUUGUACCUCGUGGCGGUGGCGUUCGCUUACCCCAUCCAGUGCUACCCGGCUAUAGCUGUGGUACUGGAAGUGAUCAAGAAUCAGCCGAACGCGCCUCCAACUGAGUCACUACACUUGAUAGAAUCAGUUACAAGGCCGACAUUUGUGAUCUUGUCGUUUAUACUGUGCUACCUGCUGCCCUUCCAAACCCCUCUUGUGGCGUUUGUGGGAAACAUGUGCACUUCGAUGUUGACGCUGGUGUUUCCGGCUUUCAUGGACCUCUGUCUGCGGUACCCUGAUGACUACGGGGCCUUCAACUACAUUAUGUUCAAGGAUAUUAUAAUCUUCUUCAUGGGCAUGACUUCACAAAUAUUUGGGGUGUUUGAAUGUUCCUAUCUGAUAUAUACGCGGGUUCUGGAGUAUUACGGACCCCCUGUCCGUGUAUUUUAUUGAUUUUUUUAUUUAUUUUUUUACUUUUUACGCUUUUUUUAAUAAAUGAAAUGUU